CCCAACGCCUCCCCCCAACCCAAUUCCCCAAACCCAGAUAUGUUGGAUGGGUGGAAGUGAUACGGAGCAGCACAAAACGGGUGGGGACGGGGAUGAGACCCCCCCGUCCCACCACGCCACGGACCCCGGGAGCCCAAAAACCCAGGGGAGGGGGUCGGGGGUAAUAAGUUAAUCUGUACAGACGUGUUAGGUGGCACGGGGGUGGCGGCACCCGCACCCUCCCGGCUCAGGGGUGUCCCCGUGGGGCGCUGGAGGAGCCGCAUGCCGGUGCAAGCAAAUCAAACCACGAAACGAUGCGUGAAAUCGAGUGGUGGAGAAUGGAGGGGAGAUGGGGAGCGGGGAGACACCUCCAUGCCCAGGGGCUGUGCCAGGGUGAGCCAAGGGGAGCCGUGCUUGGUCCCAGCGCCCACCUUGAGGGCAGCACUGCGAGCACAGAGACACCGAGAGCGGGUCCUGCCGGCAGCUGCAGCCCCGCAGCUGCUCCCGUCCUGCCCAGCCCAGGAUGGAGACGUCCCUACAGGAUGCCGAGCUCGGGAUGGAGCCGUCCCAGCAGCUCCCACCUCCUGUCCGAGCUCGAAAUCAGGGAAACGCCGCCUCAUCCCUUGCCUGGUGCGACCAGCAAUUUGCUGGCACCGGUGCCAGCUCCCCAAGGGCAUCACGGAGCGCGGAGGGGAAGGAGCCAUCCCAGGGCCCCUCCGCAGCUCCGGGAAGGGGCUGGCUGCGUGCUGGCGUGGGCACGGAAGCGGCGGGAUCCGCUCCUGUCUCCGGCUGCCAACGCCAAAUCCAUUCGCCACGUUUCGGCUCGCCGAGGCAAUCGGCUCCGGCCGGCGGAAGGGAGUUCCCAGGGCCGGGGCCGGCGCCUCGGAGGCUCAGCCCAAGGUGGGAGGCCGGGGAUGUGCCGAGCCAAAGCUCAGAAGGCUGCAGACUCUCUCCAUCCCCCACCGCAGCCGGCUCCCUCCUGCCCAGCGCUGGAGCCGUGCCCGGAGGGCUGCGGGGCCCCGGCGGCUCCGGGCGGGAGGAGACAGAGAGUCCCGCUCCGGGGACGGGCUCCCUGCGGCCUCCCCGCUCUGGCAGCUCCGCUCUGGGCUCUGCGAGCCAGGAUCCGAGCUCGCAGCACAUCCCUGGGGGAGCCAGAGCCGCUGCCCGGCUCCUGGCGGCUCCUGGAGCCUCCCCUGCGGGGAGAUGCCAAGGGGAUGGUGA